AGGGUUUGGACUAGGAUGAUUUUAACUCGCUCUUCUAGUUCGCUCCGCCCUCUCGCCACGCCCCCAUUCCUGGCGCUGUUGGGAAGUGCAGUUCCUUGAGCCGGUCUUCUCUCCUGCCCUGUCUUCCCUGGUCCUACCGGUCCCGUCAUGCUGUGCGACACCAGCCGCCUCCUCCCGGCCGGGGCGGCGACCACGCUUCCCGCCCAGCCCAGAUCCCGGGGCUCGGCGCUCCGCUGCCGGCGGAGAGAACUACAUUUCCCGGGCCACCCCGCCCUGCCCUUUUGUGACUUCUUGGCGGCGCAGCUGGCAAGACCAAGCUUCCCACCGGGCCGGAGGGUUAUUCUGAGGAGGGGAAGGAUGCCGCCCGUAAUGGGCGGAAGCCUGGCAGGAUCCGAGAGGCGCGCCCGGCGGGGUCGCUGUGGACCCCAGGCUGCUAGGGCCGUGGGCCCGGACGUGGCCGCUGAGGAUGCAGCGCGAAGCCCCAAACGGCUUGUCCAGGGCUCGCGGCGCUUCAAGGCAGCCGGCGGGUGGGCCCUGCUGGCCGUGGUGACGCUGCUGUCCUUCGCCACCCGCUUCCACCGUCUGGACGAGCCACCGCACAUCUGUUGGGAUGAGACUCACUUCGGAAAAAUGGGAAGUUACUAUAUCAACCGCACCUUUUUCUUUGAUGUACACCCACCUCUGGGAAAGAUGCUGAUAGGUCUUGCUGGCUACCUGAGUGGAUAUGAUGGUACCUUUUUGUUCCAGAAGCCUGGGGACAAAUAUGAGCAUCACAGCUACAUGGGAAUGAGAGGAUUCUGUGCAUUCCUGGGUUCUUGGCUGAUUCCCUUUGCCUACCUCACUGUGCUGGAGGUAUCCAAGUCUCUUCCAGCAGCACUGCUCACUGCUGCCCUCCUCACCUUUGACACAGGAUGCCUCACUCUGUCUCAGUACAUCCUCCUUGACCCCAUCCUGAUGUUCUUCAUCAUGGCUGCCAUGCUGAGCAUGGUCAAGUACAACUCCUGCACAGACAGGCCCUUCUCUGCUUCCUGGUGGUUCUGGCUCAGCCUGACUGGCAUUAGUCUCGCUGGUGCUCUAGGGGUCAAGUUUGUUGGCCUCUUUAUCAUCCUGCAAGUAGGAUUGAACACCAUUUCAGACCUUUGGCACCUGUUCGGAGACCUCAGUCUUUCAUUGGUGACUAUGGGAAAACACCUGAUUGCUCGCAUCCUGUGCCUCAUAGUGCUGCCCCUGGCUCUCUACAUGGCCAUUUUUGCUGUUCACUUCAUAGUGCUGAAUAAAAGUGGUCCUGGUGAUGGCUUCUUUAGUUCUGCCUUCCAGGCCCGACUUUCAGGGAACAACCUUCACAAUGCUUCCAUUCCUGAACACCUGGCCUAUGGCUCUGUGAUUACGGUGAAGAACCUCCGGAUGGCCAGCGGCUACCUCCAUUCCCACAGGCACCUCUACCCCGAGGGCAUUGGCGCCCGCCAGCAGCAGGUCACCACCUAUUUGCACAAGGACUACAACAACCUGUGGAUUGUCAAGAAACAUAAUACGAACUCAGAUCCCCUAGAUCCUUCAUUGCCAGUGGAGUUUGUGAGACAUGGAGACAUCAUUCGACUAGAACACAAAGAGACUUCACGGAACUUGCACAGUCACUAUCAUGAGGCACCCCUGACCCGGAAGCACUAUCAGGUCACUGGCUAUGGCAUAAAUGGGACAGGGGACUCAAAUGAUUUCUGGCGGAUUGAGGUUGUAAACAGAAAAUUUGGAAACCGGAUCAAAGUGCUGAGAAGUCGAAUUCGCCUUAUCCAUCUGGUCACAGGUUGUGUCCUGGGCUCCUCAGGAAAGGUCCUGCCCAAGUGGGGCUGGGAGCAGUUGGAAGUUACUUGCACUCCAUACCUGAAGGAGACCCUCAACUCUAUCUGGAAUGUGGAGGACCAUUUUAAUCCCAAAUUGCCAAACAUCAGCCUGGACGUGCUGAAGCCCAGUUUUCCUGAGAUCUUGCUGGAGUCCCACAUGGUCAUGCUCCGGGGGAACAAUGGCCUCAAACCCAAGGAUAAUGACUUCACAUCCAAGCCCUGGCACUGGCCUAUCAACUACCAGGGCCUGCGCUUCUCAGGUAUCAAUGACACGGACUUCCGAGUCUAUCUGCUUGGCAACCCAGUGGUUUGGUGGCUGAACCUUUUGAGCAUUGCCCUCUACCUCCUCACAGGGAGCUUCACUGCUGUGGCUCUGCAAAGAGGGGUCCACCUGCCAGCGGAGGUGGAAGGGCUGUCCCAGGUCCUGCUACGAGGAGGCGGUCAGGCCCUGCUUGGCUGGGUGCUCCAUUACUUCCCGUUCUUCUUGAUGGGCCGGAUCCUUUACUUCCACCACUACUUCCCAGCCAUGCUCUUCUCCAGCAUGUUGACAGGGAUUCUGUGGGACACGCUCCUGCGGCUCUGUGCCUGGCGCCUGGCCCCCUCCUCCCUGGCCAGGGGCAUCCAUGUAGGGGGAAUCCUGAGCCUGCUCCUGGGAACUGCCUACAGCUUCUACCUCUUCCACCCUCUGGCUUACGGGAUGGUUGGCCCCCUUGCCCAGAACCCCCUCAGUCCAAUGGCAGGGCUAAGGUGGCUAGAAUCAUGGGACUUCUGAGACUACUGGAAGGACUCCACCCUGGAUCCAGGAACUGCCUGGAGACAGCCAGGUGUGGAGCCAGUCCCUGGGCCCUCUUGGCUGUGGAGGAAGCUGCCCAGGAGCCUGAGGACCUCUGCUGCCUGCCAGGACCAACUUCUAGGGGUGAACUCGGAGUGGAUUUAGGCCAGCACUGGAGAGAGCCACAGCUGGCUGGGUCUGCAGCCCUGUGGAGAUGCCACAGCAGGGGUGGCUGCACAGCCAAGGACAACGUCUCACAGGCCCAUUUCCCUGAGUGUGUGACAUGAGGGAGAAUGAGUGUGCAAGAGGGUGGGUGUGAGAGUGUAGGUGUGAGGGUGCAUGUGUCCAUAUGCCUGUGGAAUGUAGACCAUGUGACUGUGGACAGCUGAAUGUCAUAAACUCCAAGAAACAGUCCAGGGCUGCAAUAAUUCAUUUGGUAUUUCUUCAUGUUGGCUUUGGUUCGGUUUGGGUUUGUAAGAUCCAUCAAAGGUUCUCUGACCUAUAAGAGGGUCCAGGGCUGAGAGUACAGACACCACCUUGGGGUAUCACCAAGGGCAGAGCAGACAGACCGUCAGUGCCUGCUGCCGUCCUUCCUGUAGACAGACAGUGCCUCUGAGCAGGAGAGCAAGCCGGCUGAGCUGCAGGACCCAUCUCCCAGCUGCUUCCCCUCAAGGUUGCUGCUGGCAAGUCUCCUUUGUGGCAACUGGUGGCCAGACUUCCUGCCUGGGCCGUGUGCAGAGGACUGAGCUCCUCAGCCCUGGCUCCUCGCUCUCCGGGGAUAAUGUCCGACUCCCUCAGGUUGUGGGGGAACGGUAUCCUAACCAUGGCUGUGCUGUGUCCCCGGACCUGUGUGUCAGAGGCUGCUUCUCUGCCAUCCCUUCUCCUCUGCAUCAGGCCUGGCCAGGAGGACCAGGACAGAUGCAGUCUACUGAUUGCUGGGCGAGCCUUUGGAGACCCUUGCUAAACAGUGAGGCAGACAAGAGGGAGGGAGGGCAGGGAGUCUGUGUGGGUCUGGGCUGGGACCCCGGGGGGUGCUGGGGUAUGGGCACUCAGGGCUGUCACUUGCUGGGCUUCCCCAGCUGACAGCCCCUGCUCUUUCACUCCAUUGGCAUUUUCCCUUCUCUGUGUCCCUAUUUCUCCUCUCUUUUCCCAAAAGACUCAGAGCACCUACAAAUGCAUUACAGCUUCUUUUCUCGACCACUUUGAUGCCCAAACAAGAAGCUCAGCACUGUUCACCUUCCAUUUCCUUCCCAAAUGCAAAGGAUUAAGAAAACACUUGUGUCAGAACCAAACCAGCCCAAAGGCAGCCCCUCAGCCUGCAUCCCUCCUCCCAGCGCACAGAGGACUGUGGUGCUUCAGGGCUUAAAGAUGGAUCUCUGCCACACUCCAUCAUCCCUCCCCUGUAGUCCCCACCAACCCUGACAAGGUCAGAGCUCUUUAGAGCAUCUUCAGGAGACGGUUGCCACGGAGACUGGAAAUUGGCCCCAGAGACAGGCUGUGCUACCCACUGGGUGGUGGGGAGGGAAGCUUCUGGGCCAUGCUUGGAGUUCAGACCAACCGUCAUUAAUGUUAAUAGAGGAAAUGCAGCAAUGUCAAAAGCAAGGCAGGCUGGUUAAUUAGAUCUGGGGCCUGAUGACCUCCCUCUCCCAGGGCUACAGCCCUUUUGACUUCCCCCAGCAGGAAGCCCUGCCUGUGUGCUGAGUCUGGGCUGCUUGUUUAAUUGCAUUUGUGGAAGGGAGGGCAGCAGGGAUGGAGAACCUCCGCCCACCCCUCCUCCCCACAGGUGGAGUUGAUUUCUUCUGACUGGGUGGGGGCAGCCAUCUGGGUAGCUCUGCUGGAGGUGGAAUUCAGGAGUCUGUUCUUGGCUCUUCGUGAAAGAGGUGGCACGCAGUGCCAUCCAGGAGGUGGUGGAUGUUCCCUUGUGCGUUCUUUAUUUCCCGAUAUGAACUUGUUGAAAGGGGGCAGCCACUCUGAGAGGGUGAGGCAAGGAGAAGGCUCAGGAGCCUUCUGCCCACUAAUUUGGCCACACUGGGCACAAAGGGUUCCUCUGUCUCUUCCACUUCUUUCCUCCUCUUCCUCCAUGCCCAGGCUGGCAGACACAUCUCUGGGGACAGGGCCACAUGGAUUCAUGUAGCUUCAAACUCUCAGGCUCUGUUAUUUGGAAGGUGCUGGGGUGAGGGGCUGCUCUGAAUAUGGACUCCAGCCCCCAGAGAUCAGCAGAAAUAUAACAUGCCACGGACUUGCGGGUGGACGCAGAAGACACUUGUUAGUCAGCCCAACCUCCAGCCAGCUU